GCUCGUCAUAUUUUGCUCUAGCUUUUUGUUUUCUUGCCUUGCAUUCACAAUGCCCAAGCGGUCGCUCAGUGGAACGGCAGGGAGUGGCAAGGCUGCUGGUGGGCGUGGAAAGCGUGGGCGAGGCACGCGGGGUGGUCGGGGUAUGCGGGGCAGGCUGCAGGCCAACUCGUCUAGCAGCACGGCUAGUGGAAAGGAUUCAAUUGAGAGUGAGUAUCAACCAAAGAGGGGGUUAGAAUCUUCUGGCGAUGAUGUGCUGUCGACGAGUGCCCGCACCCGUACUCUAGAGUCUAAGCUGCAAAACCCAGUAUCAGAUGAUGGAGAGGAGGAGUAUGAGGUUGAGCUGAUUGUGAAUCACCAGAAGUUUGAUGGGGUUGACUUUUAUCUGGUGAAGUGGGUGGGAUAUCCUCCUAAUGAGAAUUCGUGGGUUGCCAGGGUCAAUAUGGCCUGUGACGAAAAGAUAGACGAGUUCCAUCGCAGGCAUACCCCAAACGAGGUCGAUAUGGCACCCAUGUACAGAAUCAUCAACCCAGCAACCAACACUCCUCCACUUUCAGUUGUCAAUACGGUAGACAAUGUGAACACCAUCGAGGACUUUACCUAUAUCAACAGAUGCAAAUACUCCAAGAGUGUACCAGUACCUGCCGAUAUGCUGUUCCCGUGUGAGUGCGAUGGCGGCUGCAGGAAUGACUGCCCGUGCGUUGAGAAACAGUACUACGAUGACAACGGGCGUGUGCAGGUGGAUCAUGAGGAGCCAAUAUUCGAGUGUUCUGAGCAGUGCACGUGCGGGCCCGAGUGCCCAUCGCGCGUCGUUCAGCGCGGGUCUGCGAUCCAGUUCGAGAUAUUUCGGCUGCCACAGAAGGGCUGGGGAGUGCGAGCCAAGCACAAGGUCGAAAAGGGUACCUUUAUAAUUGAGUAUGUGGGCGAGAUCAUUGACUAUGACGAGGUCGAGAGGCGCGGCAUAGAGGACCGAAAGGCGGGCAACACAUAUCUGUUUGACCUGGACUCUGACUACAGCGCUAACGAGAUUGCCGACUUUUCCAUUGACGCCAGGCGCUACGGCAACAUCUCGCGAUUCUUUAACCACUCGUGCGACCCAAACAUGGCCAUCUGGUCUGUGUACAUUGAGCACCACGACCCGCGGCUGCCUCGCCUGGUGUUCUUUGCCAUCAGGGAUAUCGAGGAGGACGAGGAGCUGACGCUCGACUACAAUCCUGGCGAGUCCUGCGAAGGCCGACUCGAGUCGCCGUGCUACUGCGGGUCCAGCAACUGCCGCAAGCAGAUAUUCUUCUGAGCCUGUUUCUGGAUAUGUGCCGGUGGCAAAGAAAUGUCAUACUGACCUAAAAAUGUUCGGUUCUAUUUUGGUUUAUUUGUUCGUGCAUACUGGAACCGGGCUAGCAGCCGGUUUGUUAUGUAGGUG